UGACGGCCGCCGCUUUUGCGGCCUGGGACCGGCAGCAGGAUGAGCCUGUGCGGGAAGGAGCUUUCGAACUUGCUGGGCAUUAUGACAGAGGAGGCCUGUGGGAAUACUUUCGAGGGCCUCUCUACGGCCUUCCACCACUAUUUCUCCAAGGCCGACCAUUUCCGUGUUGGCUCGGUGCUGGUCAUGCUUCUGCAGCAGCCGGACCUCCUGCCCAGCUCCCCGCAGCGGCUCACCGCUCUCUACCUGCUCUGGGAAAUGUACCGCACCGAGCCCCUCGCUGCCAACCCCUUCGCCGCCAUAUUCGCUCAUCUUCUCAACCCGCCCGCCGGUGAGGAGGCCGAGAGGCUGCUGUCAGGCUUUCUACCGCCAAUCACACCCCCAGAAAAAUUCUUUCUGUCCCAGCUGAUGUUGGCCCCACCGAGAGAGCUGUUCAAGAAAACCCCCCGGCAGAUUGCUGUGAUGGAUGUUACUAAUUUGGCCCAACCUGUGGAUAUCAGUGGGCUUCAGUUAGCACUUGCAGAACGCCAGUCUGAGCUCCCCACACAGAGCAAGGCCAGCUUUCCCAGCAUCCUAAGUGAUCCCGAUCCAGACUCCUCUAAUUCUGGCUUUGACAGCUCAGUUGCUUCGCAGAUCACGGAAUCGUUAGUCAGUGGACCGAAGCCACCCAUCGAAAGCCAUUUCCGGCCAGAGUUUAUUCGCCCUCCUCCACCGCUUCACAUCUGUGAGGAUGAACUUGCUUGGAUAAAUCCUAUUGAACCAGACCAUGCAGUCAAAUGGGAUCGGUCCAUGUGUGUGAAGAACAGUACUGGAGUUGAAAUAAAGCGCAUCAUGGCUAAAGCAUUCAAAAGCCCGCUGACCUCUCCUCAGCAGACACAGCUCCUAGGAGAAUUGGAGAAAGACCCUAAACUAGUUUAUCACAUAGGCCUCACUCCAGCCAAGCUUCCAGACCUGGUAGAAAACAACCCUCUGGUGGCAAUUGAAAUGCUUCUCAAGUUAAUGCAGUCGAGCCAAAUCACAGAGUACUUUUCAGUACUGGUCAACAUGGACAUGUCUUUACACUCCAUGGAAGUUGUAAAUCGGCUGACUACAGCAGUGGACCUCCCUCCAGAAUUCAUUCAUCUUUACAUAUCUAAUUGUAUAUCCACAUGUGAGCAGAUCAAGGAUAAGUAUAUGCAGAACCGCUUGGUGCGACUGGUUUGUGUCUUCCUCCAAUCUUUGAUUAGAAACAAAAUUAUCAAUGUCCAGGACUUGUUUAUAGAGGUCCAGGCUUUCUGUAUAGAGUUCAGCAGGAUCCGGGAAGCAGCCGGCUUGUUCAGAUUGCUCAAGACCUUGGAUACAGGAGAGACCCCAGCAGAGGCAAAGCCUGCAAAAUAGGACACGCGUCCGCCUCUAAUUUAUGAGAGGAACUGCUUUACCCCUUUGUGGCAUCUUGUGAAUUUCCUGCCUUCUUUCUUUUCUUCUUCUGGAGAUGUUGAACGAUACUGGCUAGAAACGUUUACUGCUAAUUGGAUUGCUGAAGAGGCAAGACGUCGACGUUUGGGGAACUCGCGUUCUCUUUACCAGUAUUGGGAAAGCUCUGCGAGAGGACGGAAUAGUUGUAUAUAUCUUAUAUGGUUUUCAAUACAAAGAAAUCUGCAUGCAUUAUAUAGCAAACAAUGUACAAAUUCAAUUCAACACGCUUUGACUUUACCAUUUGUUAAAAUUGUUAGGGAGUUCUCAGUUACAGCUAGCCUAAAAUGCACAUUUUAAAUUAAAAUGUUAUUUUACUUCCCUGAAA